GGAAACGGAAACGCCACCUUUAUCUGAUGCGGGUGCACAUUCGCCCGCCAACAACGCCGGCCGGGCCCACGAAACACAUCCUAAUACCUCGGCGCCACGAUCGCCUUGUCGAGGUGGGUGGUGUGCUCUCGGUUAUCGUCUCGAUCGGCCUCAGCCUCGCUGCGAUCGAGUACAUUUUUACACCGUACCUCGCGACCGACUAUUUCGUACCCCACUUUGCGUCGUCUGCGCCCGUGUUGGUGGCAGCGAUCAACAAUCAAUUAACGCUCAUCGGCUCUGGCGCCAUCGACGUCGUCUCGCCCAACGCCGCCUACCUUUCUUCGCUGGAUGGGACAAGCCCCGCGUACGGUCGGCUCCUCGUGUACCGCGAGCUCACGACGCUUCUUGAUGGCGUCCGCGGACUGCGGCGCCUCGCAACGGCGCAGGUCGUCAAGAUGGUGACGCCCUACUGCUGGGCCGACUUGAACAAAACGUGGGAGCUUGCGUACACGUCCAAGCGGCAAGCCCGCUGCUUGCAGUUCGACGCUACGAACGGCGCCGUGCACCUCGAGACGGUUUUGCGCAACAUUGACUUUCAAGCAUUCCUCGACAACACGCAAGGGCUCUUUCUCUCGGCGAUUGGCCAGCCCAUUGCGAGCAGCGGACGCGCCGGUGACACGUGGCUCGCGUCACUCCAGUCGCAUGUCUGGGUCCCCGAACGCGACGAGGUUGCGCUCUGGGCGGCGCACGGACUCGAUCGAUAUACGCUGCAGUACGGCACCGGCAUUGGCAUCGGCGUCUUUGAGACGAUCUCUGUCGAGACGGCCCUCGGGCAACUCCUCUCGCUCCCGCUCAAGACUAUAUUGACACAAGAUCGAUGGACGUUUCGAACCACGAGCAUGCUCUGCAACCUUCUCUACAACGACUUGUACGCGAUUGGCGCCAACCAAAGUCUCGUGCGGCACACGACCAACUACUUUGGCGACAUCAACCCGUCGCAGAUCGAGGCGUACGUGCAAGGCCUGCCCCUCCGACCCGUCCAGCAAGCCAUCCACGACGGCCUGGGCCCCCUCGGCAUCAUUGACGCCAAGUGGGUCCCCCCGCCACCACGCCUUCUAGCGAGCGUGAGUGCCUUUCGCGCCACUCUGGCCGCGGCACUCGUGGCCACUCCAAGCCUCUUGGGCAAUGACGCGGCACGACAAACCUUGUACCCGACACCAGCGCGCUGGUCCGACACGCGCCUGCGCUUCUUCACGGGCAGCCCCAUGUGUGCGUUCUCGGUGCCCCAGCGCUUUGUGCAGCAGACGUUUGGCUUUACCGACGUCUGCGGCAGCCAAAUGCCAUUGACGCUCGAGUGGCAUGCGCUCCCCGCCGCCUAUGCGCUCUGGUUGCUCGGGCCGAAUGCCGCGCACGACGUUUGCAACCAGUCGUUCGCAGCGAACGCCACGACGUGCCACCGCCUUGUUCGCGAUGCCACUAUUGUCUACAGCGCCACCGCACAAGCGCUUCCCAUCUUGGACCCGUCGGUCGUACCAAACGUGAUGGCAAUCAACAUUGGACUGCUGCAGAUUCUGCGCAUGAACGACACGUCGGACAUUACCCUGGACCAGCAACUGCUUUUGUCGCCCGACUUUGACUUUCUCGGGUGGAUGUACGUCUAUGACUGGGCGAUCGGUGCCCGAGAAGUUAUUGCGCUUCAGGGCGACGCGGCGGCAUUUACACUCGUGUCGGCGUUGUAUGCGCCGAUCGCGACCAACCCAAUCUUGGCGUCGGCGGGGUUGGGACCCUACCUCUGGUACCUCGCGACGGCGACCACGAGUACGCUGGUGGUUCUCAGCCUCUGUCUCUUCGUACUGCGCCUCCGAAGCAGCAGUCCCGGCAACGACUGGUUUCAGUUCACGCCGUUAGUCGCGUCGGUCUAUAUCAACCGGAAUCUACUCGUGUUUCGCAGCCUUGCCGCGAUCCUGUGUCUUGGGACGGCACCGCUGGAUGCAAGCACGACGACCAACGGCAUCACGCGCCUUCUCUUUGUUCCGCGAACAUUCUCGCGAUCGGCCCUUCUCGCAUUGGAGUCGCUUUGGGGUGUGCACAUCGCGCACGACGUGUUACUGCCGCUAACCGGUGUUUGGCGGGCGCUGACGCCGAUGACCUGUCUCGGCUGGUGCAUUAUCGUGGGCAUGGACCAGCUGGUGCCACCAACGCUCUCGACGACGCUCGACCGGCAGUGUUAUACCGUCAACAUGGACUAUACAGCGUACUGCAACAGCGGGCUCGUGCGCGUCGGGAGCAUGCAACGCUGCGUGGCCGUUCUCAGCGUGCUCUUUGCAGCGAUAAGCGCGACGUUGUUGUACUCGCGCUUGCGGCAUCAACGCCACAACCUCAAUGUGUCGAGCGCUCUUCUACCACCGAUGGCACCUUUGCAUGUCUCGUCGACAGGCCAUCAUGUGCACUUGGUAUCGGCCGUCAUGUGCGGUCUCUUGCCGCUCACGUGGAGCGGCCACGCCUACAUCUUUGAUGUCAAGCUCUGGUGCUUGCUCUCGCGCGACGACUACGCGUUCGAGUUGACGCAGGGUACCGGCUCUCUCGUACUACCACAUUGUGCACCGACAUCGUCGCCACCGACAAUGGAAUCGACACACGGGCUCUUGAGCAUUCGCCUCAUUCAGAGAGGGCUUCGCCUCUCGGGGCUCUGCUACAUUGGUCUGACCCUUUGGAGUAACACAGCGUAUCUCGGAGUACUGGAAACCUCCAUGGCCAAUGACUUUGGCUGGGCAGGCUUCAACGCGACAGGCAUGCAUGCUUUUUUAGCCAACGCCUUCAACCGCCAACUGCUCACGUCGACGGACGCUAUCGUUGCACUUCACGACCCGGCAUUCGGAGACGCCCUUCAGCCAUACAAUGGAACGGCGACCACUGUCUCAUGGUUCCCGACCGUUGCGCGUCGGCAUCUCUUCAACGCGUCAGUUCCGCUCGCAGAGCUUGUCGCGGGUCUCCGGGAGAUGGAGCCAUGUCAGUUGCCUUGGAUGUUUACGCAGUAUUGCUGGCUCGACUUGGCGCGCCAGUGGGAAAUGGCCAGCACGAGCACGCGCCAGGCGCGCUGCGUCGCAAGCCGAGGCAAUGGUGCCGUGUACCUCGAGACGAGUCUGCGAAACGUACAGGACUGGGACGCAUGGCACGCUUGCUGGGGCGACUCGUUCGACAGUGGGUUUGGCCAGGAUUUGCAAGCGUCGAGCGCUGGUCAAGCAUGGCUGCGCAGCGUCUAUUCCAACACUCUUUCAGUCACGGACGAAGUGCUCUACUGGCGCACCCAUGGGAUCUCCAUUUUUUUGCUGCAGUGGCAAAACUUCAAGGACCUUGGCCUUAGCGACGCCAUGACCAUCAUGACGCCGUUUGGCCUUUCGUAUACACUGCCGAUAAGCCAGCGAGACGGUGAACUGCAUUUGGCGUAUCAGACGACCCACCGCAUGUACUGGGCGUUCGCGAGUGAUCUCUGGGCGGUCAGCCCCAAUGCGACGAGCAUUGGUGGCAAGUCGCUGCUUCGAAACAGCCCGCGUUUUGCAUUUGCCAACACCUCGCGCGCGAGUUUGUUGUUUGAAAACCUAACCCUAGCCUCACCACUCGACAGCGGGCUCAGUGCGCUGACGGCUACGUUAGGACCAUUUGGCGCCGUUGAUCUUGUGUACGUGAGCUGUCCGCGGUCGCUCUUGGAUCUCUACGACCAUGUGCUCCGCGCGAUUGCGACGACCACGACCACGCGCCUUGACGCGCAGAGUGCGUUCUUGUCGCUGCCCAUCAAAGCGUACAUUGGCCAAGUGCCACGCGUGUUGCUAACUGAUGCGAGCGUGCGCAUCGUUGGCGGCAAUCUCAUGUGCGGCGCCGACAUUGCGCCGACCGCCCCGUCCAGUGCCUUGGAUGCGCUCUUUGGCAUCGAUGCAAUUUGCUCCUGGUGGUACCUCGAGUACCUCACCCCGUCCCCAACCGGCCUUCUUUUCGCGCUUCUCGGGUUUGACGCGGUGCAUACCAUUGACCCAGUGGUGGACUGGAGUGCAUUUUGCGCUGGCGACGUCUACGCAGAAGCGAAUUGCGCCGACAUUUACGCUGCCUCCUAUGCGUUUGCAAGUGCUAUCGCAUUCAACACGACGCUUGUGCAGCAUUUGGCCGCCGCCGCCGAGGCCGACGCACGCGCCCUCUCGAUCGAGGUCGUCCAGUACCUGCAACGACCCAACAGCAGCGAGACCGAGCUGUACCAACUCAAUAUUCUCGACGACGUUGAUCGCUCGUGGAUCUUUUUUGGGUGGCACUACCUCGCCGAGUGGGUGGUCGGGCAGCGCGAAGUUGUUUCGUUUCAAGGCGACACACGGACGAUCACAGCCAUUUCGCGGCACUCGAGCCCAGUGACACUCGCUCUCAGCGACGCAGCGAUCCCGACGCGGCUCUCGUACGUCUGUCAGCAGUGCGUCCGGUACGUGACGGGCGCGAUGAUGCUCGGCGCGGGCGUUGCCGCCUACUACGCAAUCAUUAUCUGCCGCGGCGUCUUUGAAGGCUCCAACCUUUUCGCGCUGAAUCGACUUGUGGGCCACGCCUGGAUAGGCCGCGCGCUGCUCAUUGUCCGGGGAGUCACGGCGCUCUGGCUUCUCAACACGGCGCCGCUCGAUCUGGUGGCGUUCGGCGCCGGCGCGCGCUUCGAGGCACCGCCCGUCGCGUGGUUUCCAACGCUCUUGGCCGCGUCCGAGCUCACGUGGCUCGUCUACAUCGCCAACGACGUCUUUAGCUGCAUUACGCGCCAGUACACACCGCUCUAUGCCUGGAAAAGCUCGGUUGGUGCGUCGAUCGCGGCCGCAGCCUGGACCAUCGCGGCGCCCCAAGUGUACGCAGCGUCCGUGCGCCGCAGCUGCACGUACGUCAACAUGGACUUGGCGCUGCACUGCAUAAGCGGAUACAUCGAGAUUGGCCGCCUACGCAACGUCUGGAUCGACGUCGCGCUGUGUCUCGGCUGCGUUCUCGCCGGCGCUGUCUCAGAACGCUUGUACCGCCCAAAGUUGCCCGCGACACCCGUGCCCUCACUGCUGCUGGGCGCAGCGAGUCUCUACACGCUCGAAAUGAGUUCGUGGGUUGCCAACGGGCAGCAGUACAUUGACCGCAUGUCGGCAGCCAUGGCUGGUCUGCUGACGUGGCGCCACGACAGCAUCAUGUACGUCUUUGACAUCAAGAGCUGGCGGCUCUUCACGGUCGUGCCCGAAGCCAAGUGCCCGUUCGAUGCAACGGCAGUCGUAGCGCUGCACCGUAUCGCUUCUUGAGUAUCCGAAAUACGAAUGACUGACUU